AGAUGUGAAAGUAAACCAAAGGAAAAGAUUUACCCGCGUAAACAAUUGAAACAUUUUGAUGGAAAAAAUUUCUCAAUUUAAUCAAUUGAUUUGAAUAAAUGUUCAUUCCAACAAUUAAAAGUUAAUUGUGAAAUUAUAAGUUGAAGGAGAAAGAGAAUCAACUAAUCCGAUGAUAUUGUGCCACUCAUCAAAUGUGUCAUUAUUAUCCUUUGGAUUGAUUUUGUAGUGUUGAAAAUUAUCAACAACGAUCAUCCGAUGAAUUUAGUUAAUUGUUUGGUUGCAUCUUAAUUAUGAUUAAAUCAUUAUGGAAAUACACAGAACAUAUAGUGAAAGUUCAUUGCCAAGUUUAUUUUCCAAUCUAUUGUCCAAACGAUCGGCACCAUCGAACCUUAAAUUACAACAUCGACAAAAGGUCCAACCUUCAAUCGCCACAUUACCAAGGAUAAUUAGGUUAAUUGUUACAUUUGCUUGUUUCAUUGAAAUUGGUAUAACAACAUCAUUAACUGGUGUCUUAUUACUUGACCUGAAAGAAGCUCUUGAAUUUUUACGUGAAAAUAAAUCAUUAAUUAUAAUCAACAUAUCGGCUGGGGAUGUUGUUGGAACCUUAAUUGGUGGAUAUUUGGCUGAUCGAGUUAGAGCAGAAAAAUUGUCAUGUGCUAAUCUUAUGAUAACCGCAUUAGCAGGUUUCGGAUUAAAUUUGGCAACUAAUCAAUGGAUUAUCUUGGUUUGUUUCAUCAUAUUGGGUUUUACCAAUGCUUUUCUUGAGAUUGUUAUGGAGGUGAUAAUCAAUCUAUGGGCUGGUUAUGGUGGCAAAAUAACUCACAUGGCUUAUUUUUUUUACGGAUUAGGAACAAUAGUUAGCCCACUUUUGGUUUCUCCUUUUAUUGAUCAACAACCACCGACCAAUGGAACAACAAUUAGCCAUCCACAAUUAACUCGAGCCUUCAUUCCGUAUAAAAUAGUCGCUUUCUAUUGUCUUUUCUUGUCCAUUUUCUUGGGUGCAAUUAGUUUCACCGAAGAUGUGAAUAUUGAUCAAUCUGGAGUCAAGAUAAGGUCAAAACCCGACAAGGUCAAGGUUAAUCUUGAAAUUAUGAUUUUCUUUUUCCUAUUAACUCAAUCAAUCUCUGGACUUGAUUCUUCAUUCGGUUUACUAUUGAUGAACUUUGCUGUUUCCUCUGGAAAUGGAUUCACAAAAUAUGAAGGUAUCCAAUUAUCGGCUGCUUAUUGGAUCAUCUAUACAUUCACACGGAUCAUCACAAUGCUCUUGAUGAGUUAUGUUCAUGAUCGUGAAUUGAUGUUCCUUCAUUUGGGUAUCACCGGUACAGGAAUUAUCCUCCUUUGGAUUAAUUAUUCAAAAAAAUCGUUCCUUUGGAUCAGCACCAUCAUCAUCGGGGCCGGAGUUUCACCAACAUCUCCACUGGUCCUUUCGUAUUUCAAUUCGUACAUUAAAGUGACCGGUAAAAUUGCGACAAUUUUCAUGCUCGCCGAUUGUUUUGGUGAAUUUUUCUAUCCAACUUUGAUUGAUUACACACUUAAUCACAAUCCAUUAUCCUUUGUCCAUGGAAUCAUUUUAACUGUUUUCUCCUCGAUUAUUUAUCUUGUCUGUAUCAAUUAUCUUCUCAAAUUGCGUGAAAAAAAGCUUGUUGUUGCAGUUGAAGAAGUUGAUUAACCUAAGAAAA